CUGAAGCGGCAGGUUAGCGUGAAAGUGUUGCCUGACGAAAAUAAAUCUACAGUAAAAAUAGUUAAAAAAAAAAAACCAAAAAAGAAAAACCUCUCGAAAUGGUGAUCAUAAAUAACGAGCAAAAGAUUUCGGUGCCCGAGUACUUGAACGAACAGUUCUUCACGGAAACGCUGGAAGAGGGUCUGCGGGAGACGAAGGUUACCUUAAAGGAAAUCAACUUUGAGUGGGGCAGCAAUCCGGGGGAUAACUACUGCUCGGCCAUCUAUCGCGUUCAGGUGACAUUCGCCAAAUGGUCGGAUAACAAGGAGUCCGCGAAGACGGAGCAGCUUUCGCUGAUUGUCAAGACCAUUCCGAUCACAGAGGCCACACAGUUCCUCGAGGAUGUCAGUGUUUUCAUCAAGGAGAAGCAGACCUACACGGACAUUCUGCCACGAUUGGAUAUACUCAGUCGCGGCGACAAGUUUGGUGCCAAAUACUAUUAUUCUGUUAAGGGUCCCGUGCAGACGAUUGUCUUUAGCGACCUGAAAGUGGAGGGCUUCAAGGUGGCCUCACGCGAGACAGGACUCGACUGGAAUCAUGCCUCGCUUAUUCUGCAGCAGCUGGGUAAAUUCCAUGCCACUUCCAUGGUGCUGGCCAAGAAGGAUCCAGAGAUCGUCAAGCAGUACACACGUGGCAUGCUCAGCGAGGAUAUCCUCAUGAAGAGCGACACCUUUGAGAAUAUGUUUGGGGGCUUCCUCAAGGGUCUCAUCAAGAGUUCUGCCGGAUGGGCCGGCUACAAGCACAUCAGCGCACAUCUCCAGCGUUUGAGUGACAAUUUCCGGAAUGUGUGUGCAGCGGCUCCGAAGCCCAAGUCCGGUGAUCGUUAUGUGGUGCUCAAUCACGGCGACAUGUGGACCAACAACUUCAUGUAUGGCUAUGACAAUGCCGCCCAGCCCGAGGUACCCACGCGCGCCAUCUUCGUGGACUUUCAGCUGUCGUUUUAUGGCAGUCCUGCCUGCGAUCUGAACUUCUUCCUGAAUGCCAGCCUCAAGUUCGAGUUGGUACAAGAGCGUCGCGAGGAGCUCAUCGAGGUGUACUAUAAGGCCUUCAGGGAUGCCCUGGAGUACGCACGCUUUGAGAAUAUUCCCACCUACGAGGACCUGCUGUAUGAGCUGCGUAGCCGCGAAACCUAUGGCCUGUUUGCCCUGUUUGCCUUCCUGCCCAUGAUCACCAUGCCCAAGGAGCUGUCGGCGGACAACAGCAUCGACAACAUGCAGGACGAGGCCUUCAAGCAGAAGAAACUGGAAGCCAUCUUUGCGCAAAAGUCUCUCAAUGAUUACCAGAAAUGGGCCCUCAAGCGUUUCGAUAAGCUCGGCGUCUUUGGCGAUUACUAGCCGCUGCAGUUCUCUUCCUAUUGAUAUUGGGGAUUCACUAACCUUUGUGAUAAAAGAUAUACAAAAGAUGAUGGAUGGCACCGAGCACCACAUCUGUGCAACAGAGCAGCCUACUUAUUGUUGAUUUUGUGUACAGUUUUCUGCCACAGGUUUCUGUAUUGUAGAAAUGGAGUUGAAUUAAAAGAAACCAAUGCAAUUGGAUUUUUGUAAUGGA